AUUGGGGUAGAGGGGCUUUCAGUGCCUGCGGGGGACUACAAACAUCUUGCAUCAAAUCCUGUUUUGUGCGUGUGACCCUAAUGAAGUGUAAAUGAAACAAUGCUGUUCCUGCUCAGUGAUGACUGCUGGGAUGCAGAACUGUCGGGGAGAUGUGGCCCCUGCAGCUGUGACCAGUUAGUGACUGCAUGUGGUAGAGCCAGCUGCCUUUAUACCAGGGCUUAUGUGAUGUCAUGGACAGAGGGAGUGGUAGCAGAUGCCAUCAGUUAGAAGAGGUUAUAUCAGGGGUGUGAGAAUUUGGCUGCACAUAAUGAAUGGAUAUCUCCCUGGGGUUCCAGCACUUUGUCCUUUAGGAUAUUCCUUCCCACUCUGCAGCUAAGGACACACUGCUGUGUACAAGUCAUUUUGCAGGAAGCUGGUGAGGAGAGAGGAGUUCUCAGUAUUGCUGGAUAGCUCUCUGGUGCAGGAUAAACUUUCAGCACUCCCAGCCUGAGGACCAGGGAGGACACUUCUUACUGGAGGCUCAUCCUUUCAUUCAUCACUACUACCCCCAGCAUCUCCGAAGCUCAUCAUUGCGGGAUCUAGGGCAGAGAUAGUACUGCUCAGAUAGAGAUGUUAAGCUGUGUUACUGUGGCAAUGCUGUGCUUGGUGUUUGGAUGCCUGAUGCUGACAGGUCACAGUUCUGGCUCCAAGUUAAAAGCACCUGUAUUAAAUAUAAAGGGGAAGGAGUUAGUAGUACGAGUCGGCCAGCCAAUACACCUUACAUGCAGAGGUGAUCAAACAGUUUCCUGGAAAUUCCCAGCUGCUUCCAGGAAAGAAAGCAAAAGGUUCCACAUAACAGAUAAUUCCUGCCAAGGAAGCCCCAUGACAGUGUGCCAUAGAAACCUUACAUUGCACAACGCUCAGAUAAGUGACACUGGAUUCUACAGCUGCCAGUACGAAUUCUUUACCUCACCCAGAAACCCAUCCGGUAUCUAUAUAUUUAUUACAGACGAGAACAGUGCAUUCGUAGACAUGCAUGACAAAGUACCCCAAAUCAUCACCAUAACAGAAAGAGAGAGGUUGGUUAUCCCUUGCCGGGUUACAUCACCAAAUAUCACUGUCACAUUAAGACAGAACUUUCAAAAUGUAUUAUCUCACCCCGAUGACAAGGACGUUAUUUGGGAUAACAAGAAAGGCUUCAUUAUUCGAAAACCAAUACAUCUGUUGCCUAUUGGCCUAUUAAGAUGUCAAGCUAAUGUUAAUGGAGUCACUUACAUCUCAUCCUACUAUAUCAACAGGCAAUCCAGUGCAAUACAUAAGGUGUGGCUCGAUGUGCCAAGUUCCAUCAGGCUCCUACGUAAUGCCACCCUAGCUAUAAAUUGUAGCGUCACCACCAAUCUAAAUUCGAGAGCUGAAAUACAAUGGACCUAUCCUGGAAUGCAAUUUGGUCGACUGGCCUCCAUAAUAAAGAGAAUCAUCUUAUCAGACUCAGAAGCUGUGGUGUUCAGUAAGCUAUUUAUUCACAAAGUAAAGACCAUUGAUCAAGGCUUGUAUACUUGCACCGCGAAGAAUGGACCUUCAACCAAAUCCAUUAAUACAACAGUUCGUGUUCAUGCUUCUCCUUACAUUAAUGUUAAACCUCGCAAGACCGGUGUAUUAGAAGCUGUGGUGGGUCAGAAAUCUUAUCGGCUUGCAGUGAAAGUGAGAGCCUUUCCUCCUCCAGAAAUUACAUGGUGGAAAAACAACUUAUUGGCAGCAGACAAAUGUGCACGGUACUUAAUAGACAAUGAUGUCCUAACUAUUAAGGAUGUGGCUGAAGAAGAUGCAGGAGAAUACACAGUGUCCCUAAAGCUAAAACAGUGGAAUCUUAUCAAAAAUGUUACCAUGACCCUUAAAGUUAAUGUGAAGCCCCAAAUUUAUGAGAAAUCCAUGUCAAUCCAAGAACCACAACCGUACAUGCUGGGCAGCAGGCAAACUCUGACAUGUACAGUAUAUGGAGUUCCACCACCCAGAAUAACCUGGACCUGGCGUCCAUGUACGAGAAACCACUUUGGAUCAAGGUGUGAUUUCCACUCUGACAGUCCAGUUCCUUUAAUCAUCGGUAAAAACCGUAGCAUGGGAAAUAAGAUUUAUAGUAUUAUAGAACGUACACGUCUGAUCGAGGGGAGGAACAAGACCGCAGGGAUAGUUGUCAUAGAUGAUUCAUCGGUCUCCGGUAUCUAUACCUGCACAGCCUCCAAUAAAUUAGGAACUGAAAAAAGAGAUAUACAUUUUCACGUCACUGAUGUGCCCAGUGGAUUCCACAUUAGCAUGGACAGAUUAGCGAAAGAAGGUGAAAACAUGACCUUAACAUGUUCUGUCAACAAAUACCUUUACACAAACAUUAGCUGGAUUUUACGCAGGAGAAUGGGGAACCGAACAAUAAACCACAGCAUCAGUAAGCAGAGAAAUGCAGUCACCACUGAGUAUUCCACAGUCCUAACUGCGGUUAUCCAGAAUGCAACCCAUGCCGAUUCAGGAAUCUACGAGUGUAGAGCGACUAACACCUUCACUGGGGACGUUGUGUCCCAGGGCAAAGACAUUACCAUCAAGGGAGAACAUUGCAAUAAAAAAGUUAACAAUUCACGGACCUCUAAACAGAGAAGAAAAAAAUGUACAACAGAAAGUAGUGUAACCCAAUAGAAAUGACUCAAAGCUUCGUUCUCAAAGAUUGUGAUUGAAAAUCAAAGGUACUGAAUAUACUUCCUGGAAGGACUGGAGAAAUGGCUGCCGAUAUAUGGAGCAGUGGCUGCAGGCCACAUUCUUAUCAUUCUCUACUGUAUCGGAAGCCAUUUAUGUUCCUGAAAUAAGCCAGUCCAAAGAUGGAAGAGAUAAAGUUCAAAGAUUAUUCUGCAGAUUUUCUCCAGUGUUAACAAUACGCGAGCCUAUAAUGAAUAUAGUGCUAAGGAGGAACAUAACAUUGCUAGCAAGAUUAGGCCAGAUCUGUAGCACAUCUUAAAAGGGUGGGGUGGGGUUAGGAUUAUUUUUACAAAUAUAUAAAUAUAUGGAGAACUUGCUUUUUUAUUCAGAUCUCAGGUUGGGAAAAUUAGGAAAAUUCUAUUUGCUUUCGUGCAUUUAUUGAGAAUAUCCAAAGCAGAAAACAAUGGAGCAUGAUGAAACAUCACAUACACAUUUCGAUAACUUGGUUUCCAUAUGAAUGGAUAUUUCAUUGAUUUUCUUGGUAGCUAUAAUGCACCUUACUGUUUGAGCUGCUAUAUUACAGAGUUAGAGCGAGGAGGAUCUGCCAUGUACAGAAAGUGCCAAGUAGAGGAAGAAGUUUGGGGAUUGAUGUAAACCACUUUUGGUCAUUGAUAUGGAAGCCAUUACAAGAUUUUGAAGCCCCUCUUCAGGCCAUGGACUUCUAUAAGGCCUAUUCAUAUAAAUAUAUAUAUAUAUAUUUUUUUUUUUUCUAGAGCUAUUUUUUCAGCUGGCAGCUGGACAACAUCGGGUUCUUUGCUCAUCACCUUCUUUGGUUCUAUGACGGUAGAAUGGUUGUGGUGAUUUAUUUUGAGAUUUGGCCAAUAUUUCUAUGCAAUUGUAUUAAGUUAUUUGAAAUGUUGCUUUGAAAUGUAUAAGCCUAUAUGAUCAGACACUUAAAAUCAUGACCCAACUGCAAUGUUUAUGGAUGGAAAUGUCUGCCGAAUCUCCAUAAGAUUCAGAUUGAUCAAUUGAUUGAUCGUCACAUUGUAUGGGGAGAUAUGGUAUCCUUAUAAAAGGGUUUUAUGCUGUCUUCGUGGAUGAUUCACAAAUACAUAUAGGGUAUGAUCAUUCAGCAUUGGUAGCAUCUUAGUAUUUGUAUGACCUCAGAAGUUAAGGAUUGUCCUUGGGAAGCACCAGACCACUUCUAGAUUAAUCUGUGGUUGGUUAACCAUGCUGUUUAUAAUGUCAUCGUACCAUGACCCUAUACAGAGAUAGAGUGUUGGCAGCAUGAUCAAUCACUUGGAAGCGCGAAAACUAAGACAACCUUGUAAGAUUAUUUCUCAGAAGGGUCAUAGGUGACCUUUUUUGGUGGCCACAUGUAGCAACGGGUCACCAAAGGUCCACCAUUGUUUUUUGUUGUUGUUUGCAUCAUGGUCUUUGGGAUGGUGUUAAUGUGCUAAACUUCUCUCUUGGUCAAUGGUGCUUAUUUACAGACCAUUUCAUGAUAGUGAGCUUUAGUUCUAUACUGGAAAUAAUGAUAUAGCAAAUACCUUGUAGAGAAACGGGGUCAUAUUUAAACUUAAAAUCAACUACACAUUUAUUUAAUAUAUUAACUUAUUCUACCCAUCUGCCCAUCUAGAUGAAAAAGGACAAGGAACAACGAGCAGCAAAUUACAUAUAUCAUAAGAAUAUGCAGUAUAUGUGUAUGUCAUCAAAACGUCUCAUAUAAGGUGAAGACUAGUGUUGAGCGUCAUAGGCCAUAUUCGAAUUCGCGAUAUUUCACGAAUAUAUGGACGAAUAUUCGUCAUAUAUUCGCUAAAUUCGCAUAUUCGUAAUAUUCGCGUUUUAUUUUCGCAUGUGCGGAAAUUUGCAUAUGCGGAAAUUUGCAUAUGCAAACAUUAGCAUAAACGGAAAUUGCAUAUGCGAAAAUUAGCACAUUUCACAUAUGCAAAAAUUCAUACGCCAGUCUCACACAGUAGUAUUAGAGCCUUCUUUACACCACACAAGCUGGAAGCAGAGAGGGAUGAUCACUGUGAUGUGUACUGUGAAAAAAAUUAGCAUUUUUUCUCAUUGCGAAUAUUCGCGAGCAACACUAGUGAAGACGUUUCUUAAGUUGUUCAGAUAGAUAAGUUGUCUAGGAAACAAAUCCUAUAGACCAGUGAUUUCCAAACUGUGGACCUCCAGAUGUUGCAAAACUACAACUGCAAGCAUGGCAUGCUUGCAGUUGUAAUUUUGCAGACCGGUCACAGUUUGGAGACCGAUGCUAUAGUCCAGUGUUUUCCAAACAGUUAUUAAAAGAACAGAUUUUUUUAUAACUCUCACCAGCAAUAAUUAUUUCUAGUUUGUCUAUAAUGUACAUACAUGCAAUCUCUACAGCCGUAUCUCAAAUCCCUAUUAUAUUGUAAAAAAAAAAACUGAAUAUAUUUAAAAAUAACCUAUUCUUUUGUAUGUUUUGUUUUGUUUGUUUUUUGGACGAUUGUACAUAAUUCCUUUAAUAUCUUAAUAUAAAAAUUUUAUUAAAAAAAAAUAUAUAUAUAUUUAGAUGGGAAUGCACUGAGAAAUAUUGGUAAAGAAAAGGUGUGACUUACACUGUUUACUGUUCUGUGGUGAGACAUUUAUGGUGUCUCCGGUAUCUUCAGGAAAGGUUUUUAUAAUGAACUAAAAACCUAGCCUACAAUUGUGGUGGUCAAGAUGGGUCCAACAUGUUAAAAUUCCAGAUUCACUCUGUUCUUCAAGACUACCCGCCAGCAAAUCCAUUUCUGAACUUACUAUUUUAGAUUAUAGGGCCUAUGGAGUGAAUUUUUUAUGUGCGCCCCCUACAGAAACAUGGUAUUGUGAAAUCUAAAAUACUAUAUUUAAUAAUUAAUUGAUUUUUGAAAUAGGGGUUUGUGGGUUGAUCUAGAAUCAGUAUGCAUAUCGCGAUAUAGCAGAAUGGUUUGAGGCCAUUGCUAUCGGACAGACAUAUUAUUGCAAAUGUAAUUUUUAGUAACACUGUUUUAUAUGAUUUUUUCCUAGUGUCCUUUAAAGGGGUAAAAAAAAAAAAUGUACUAGAAUUGUGGUUCAAGAUCCUGAUGCAGUAUAAAGUAGUUAUCCAGGAUUAGAAAAACUGAGCUGAUUCUUUUCUAAAAACAGCGCCACACCAGGUUGUGUGUGGCCUUGCAUCCCAGUUCCAUUAAAGGGGUACUCCGGUGGAAAACUUUUUUUUU